AUUAAUGAUACUAUCUCUUGCAACGUAAUUGGUCCAGUUAUUGUAUCAUUCGGAGUUCUGUUCUGAGAACGGUUAGUAGUUCAUUUGGUUUGAUUGUAACAUUUUCUAUUUGGAUGGUAUCAAAAAAGCAAUCUCCUCAGAAGCACCAAGGCAGUGGUAAAGUUCCAAUUCAGAAGGAAAAUUGGAGCCAUGGGGAUACAAAACAUGCUUCAAUCAGUUGCCCUAGAAAUGCAGUUAACGCACUAUGGAUGAGUGACCACGCUUCCUAUUGGGAAAAUUUUCUGCGAAAAGUGGUAAGAGAGGUGGUAGAACAAAAAAUCCUGGGCAAGGCUCAUCUAUUUCAAAGAAAAAGGGUUAAUGAGGCUGGCAUAUCUGGGGUCAAACCCUUAAAGUUGUGUUUUAUUAAUAAGUUGCCUGAUACAAUUUUUACUCGGUCUAACAUAAUAGCAGAAGACGAAACACCCCUUCAAAUUGCUCUAAUUGAUGUUGGAUCUGAGUCUGUAGUUAGUGAUGGUCCUCUUUCCUCACUAAAGAUAGAAAUCUAUGUCUUGGAUGGUGAUUUCGGAUCUUGUGGCAGUGAGGAUUGGAAUGAAGAUGAGUUCAAUUCCAAUAUCUUACGUGAAAGAGAUGGUAAAGAGCCACUAUUGAUUGGAGAGAGGAUUAUUACUCUAAAAAAUGGAGUUGGUUGUAUUACUAAACUUGCCUUCUCUGACAACUCGAGAUGGCAAAGAAGCAGAAGGUUCAGGAUUGGAGUCAGAGUUUUGCAACCAAUUUCCAAUGGAGAAAAGAUUCAGGAAGGUAGAAGUGAACCUUUUGUGGUCAAAGAUAACAGAGGAGAGCCCUACAAGAAGCACUACCCUCCAUACUUGAAUGAUGAUAUAUGGCGUUUGAAGAACAUUGCUAAGGAAAGAAAAUUUCACAAUCAGCUCUCUUUACAUGGAAUUCACAAAGUGAAGGAUCUCUUGCGGUUGUACAUAACCAACGAACCUUCACUAUAUGAAAUGUUCGGAAACAUUUCAAGGAAAUCAUGGUUAGCAAUCACUGAACAUGCCAAAACCUGUGUGAUAGAUGAUUACAAGCUCUACAGUUAUCACUCGGAAGAACUGCAAAUCGGCCUGCUAUUCAAUUCCAUCUACAUCCUCGUGGGAGUGACUUUUGAUUGGCAAAAUUACUAUUCACCAGAUACUCUCCCCCCCAAAGAAAAGCAUUUGGUGGAAAUUGUGAAGCAGCGUGCUUACAGAAAUGUUAACAAUUUGAAAUUGAUUGAUGACACUAAGUUGAACUGUUUAAAUCUAGCGGCAUGUCUAAAAGCAAGGCAGUCUGACACUCCAGAUCAAGGUCUGCAACAUAUUAAUAUCUCAACUGCACAAGUAACAUUGCCAGGUUACAGUCAACCAUUUAUCUCUGCUUCAUAUGCUGAUGAAGGUAUAAUGCAUGAUCACCAAGUUUAUGCUGAUCUACAGCCAGACAUAGGAGAAAUGUCACAAAACCGUUAUGAUUUGGAUGAAUUUUCCGCAGGAAUGUACACUGAAGGGGAUAGUUUGCACCUUAAUGGAUCGUAUUUUCCAUUUGUGCAGGGUGGUUAUUCAUCUGAGAAUGAAAGAUCAGUGAUUCAAUUCAUAAAUGAUUGUCCUCCUUAUACAACAUUGGUACCAGAAACUAGCUUUUUCAUUGGUUCCUCUGUUGGAGCAGAAUUUAACAACUAUUCCACUUUCAUCGAUUCUGCUGCGGAUAUAUCGGGCACUGGGAAACCUAAAGCAGUGUGGUAUAAGAUUCUUGUUGCUCUCAAAUGGGUCAUAUCAAUAAAAAGGGAAACAGCUGCAAGAAAGAAUGUCAAGCAGUUUCACUAUAACUAUUAGAGUCAUGUUUUGUGUCUUUUGUGGGUUACUAAGUAGAAUUUGCCUACAAAACCUGUGGUAUUAGUUCCCUGAUGUAUUCUAUAGAUAGUGUUGUGCUGUUUGUUUUUUUCCUCAAGUUUACCUUCUUCAAGUUCAACUACACUAAAGAGAUGCUUAAGAUGGAGUCCUCCUGUACAUCCUAGUGAAGGGUUGUUUAUGUAUAAGUUGUGGUGGUUGUGUGUAAAAUCAAGUUUCUACAUACUGAUUCAUGGUCAAUUCAAGUUUUUUUAUUUGUUCAAAAGACGAGGUAUAAUUUGUUCAUUACAAGAAUAAAAUAAUACUUUCUUUCGUAACUUCAUAGUUA